AUGCGCUCUUACGACGCCAACCUACAUGAGAAGGAUUUGAAGGGAGGAAACGAGCCACUUGGUCGGGAUCUCGAUCUUGGGCAAGUGCUCGCUAUUCAACCAACAGCUGAAGAGGAGCGCAAAGUAUUGUGGAAGCUUGACCUUAUUCUCGUUCCAUUGAUGGGAGCCGCAUAUUUCCUCCAAUUCCUCGACAAGCUUGCUCUCAGUCAGGCAACGCUGUUUAAUUUACGCGAAGAUUUGAACAUGAAAGGAGCAGAAUAUUCAUGGGCAUCUGCGAUCUUCUAUUUUGGGCCUAGUUCAUAUCUUGUCGUCCGAUUUCCCAUUGGCAAAUAUCUCGCUGUCUCAGUUUUCCUUUGGGGCGGAGUGCUAAUGUGCCAUGCUGCUUGCUCUAACUGGAGUGGACUUAUGGCCGCCCGUUUCUUCUUGGGGGUAGGCGAGGCAGCAAUUGCGCCAGGCUUCACACUGCUAACGGGAAUGUUUUAUAAACGCGAGGAACAGCCUUUGCGACAAUCUGCCUGGUUCUUCGGAAACUUUGUUGCUGUACUCAUUGGUGGAUUAAUUGCCUACGGUAUUGGGAAUAUUAACACGACAGCAAUUGCCCACUGGAAACUCUUGUUUCUUAUUCUAGGCACUGUCACUUCGACUUAUGGUCUUGUCUUGUUUGUCAUGCUUCCAGACUCGCCUGCCAAGGCCAUAUUUUUGAAACCUGAUCAGCGUGCUAUUGCUGUGCACCGAACAUUAUCGAACAAAACCGGAGUCAUGGAUACGGGGGUCUUCAAAUGGUCACAGGCUCUUCAAGCCAUAAAAGAUCCCCAGACAUGGUUUCUGGUUGUGAACUCUUUCGCCUCGAGCCUGGCAAACGGUGGUCUUACAAGCUUUUCAUCGAUUAUCAUCUCCGGGUUCGGGUUCAGUGAUCUCAAGGCCCUUAUCAUGCAAAUGCCUCAGGGCGCUGCCCAGAUCGUGUUUUUGUUAAUUACUUCGAUCACUGUGACCUUUAUUCCAUCUUCCCGUAUACUAGGAAUGUGUGUCAUCACAAUGAUAUCUGUUAUCGGUCUUAUCCUGAUCUGGAAACUUGACCCCGAUGAUCAAGUUGGGCGGAUGGUUGGGUUGACUUUAGCCGUCGUCUACGCGAUCAAUAUUCCGAUGUCGCUGAGUAUCAUUACAUCUAAUGUGGCCGGAUCCUCAAAAAAGAGCGUUGUUAGUUCAUUGCUGUUUAUUGCUUAUUGCGUGGGAAAUAUCGUGGGUCCUCAAUUCUUCCUUGCCUCUGAGGAGCCAUCAUACCCGACUGGAAUUAAAGCCUCUAUGUCCGGCUUGAUACUGAGCCUCUUCUUCCUUCUGUGCUUAUAUUCAUACUACACGUGGGAGAACCGUCGACGAGACAGGGUGUAUGGUUCGCCUCAGCAGAUGACCGUGGGGGCUGAGUUGCAGGAUGAGCUAUCAAACAAGACAGAUCGCGAGAUUGAUAGUUUUAGGUAUCUUCUUUAG